AUUAAUUAAUUGACCAAUAGAAUCUACUAUUAAUAUGUUUGGACUUUGGACACAUUGAGGUAAAUCAGCAGCGGUUUCUGCGUGCGCAAAGUCGCCGGUUUUACAUUAUUUCCCCAAAUUCCUUUCCAUAUGCUAAAUUUCUUAUCUUUCCGAUCAUUCAAUCAAUAUAUAAUAAUCCCAAUUAGGGUUUUCAAACUCUUCUCUUUUUCUUUCUUUCUCCAAUCAAUCAUCUGCAGCUAGGUUGGUCAUAAGUUACAAUAGACCAUAUACUAUAUGCUAAUUCAUUGAAUUGAAUUUGGACUGCAUUUUUCUGGAAUUUGAUAAUAAAAAAGCAAGCACUUUUCUUAUUUAAUCUGAUAGAAUAGAAGCUGGAUGGAGUUGUAGCUUCUAGAAGUUUUGAUUUGGGGCUGGUGACAUAAAGAAAUUGUUCCUUCAUAUAGAGGGAUUAUGUUGCACAUGGCUCCAAAUCUGAAGUUAAGGUUAGGUGUAUCCUUGUUGUUUUUACUGUUGAGCUUUCAUGUAAUCGGGAAUUCGAAUGCGGAAUUGGAAAAUGAGGUUUUGCAUAAUAAGGUAAGAACUGCUCCACAUAAGGAUGUAGGAUCUGUUGUAAUUGAUGGUACUGGUGUAGAGAAUUCAUAUAAGGUUGAAAAUGGAAAUAAUGUGGUGGGUAAUAGGAAGGGUGGAAGCAGUAGAGUUUCGGUUUCGACGGUUGCAUUAUUUACGUUGGCAAUGGCAGCUGCUACUGGUUUAGGUGCAGUACCGUUCUUCUUUGUAGAGCUUGAUCCGCAAUGGGCUGGGUUGUGUAACGGAAUGGCUGCGGGUGUUAUGUUGGCUGCAAGUUUUGAUCUAAUUCAGGAAGGGCAGGAGUAUGGUUCUGGAAGCUGGGUUGUCACUGGAAUUUUGGCUGGUGGAAUCUUUAUUUGGUUAUGUAAAAAGUUUCUUGAGCAAUACGGGGAAGUAAGCAUGUUGGAUUUAAAAGGUGCUGAUGCAACAAAAGUUGUUCUUGUUAUUGGAAUAAUGACUCUCCAUUCUUUUGGAGAGGGAUCAGGGGUGGGGGUCUCCUUUGCUGGCUCAAAGGGUUUUAGUCAAGGCUUGUUGGUAACCUUGGCUAUUGCGGUGCACAACAUACCAGAGGGUUUAGCUGUGAGCAUGGUUCUGGCAUCAAGGGGCGUUUCACCACAGAAUGCUAUGUUAUGGAGUGUAAUUACAUCUUUACCGCAGCCAAUUGUAGCUGUUCCUUCUUUCAUUUGUGCGGAUGCAUUCAGCAAGUUUCUUCCUUUCUGUACGGGAUUUGCUGCGGGAUGCAUGAUUUGGAUGGUUAUUGCUGAAGUGCUUCCUGAUGCUUUCAAGGAAGCCUCACCUUCGCAGGUUGCAUCAGCUGCAACCCUUUCUGUAGCAUUUAUGGAAGCUCUCAGCACCUUCUUCCAGAAUUUUACCCAUGAUUACAACUCUGAGGAUGCUUCUGGCUUCUUUGUUUCAUUACUUUUUGGCCUUGGCCCAUUCCUUGGCGGGAUUUUUCUGGUAGCAUUUGCUCUUGCUUUUCAUCUUAAGCAUGCUAUUCUCAUGGGCACUGCUUGCGGUAUUGCCUUUGUCCUUGGUGCAUGGCGACCCAUACAGCUUAUUUUGUCUUCAAAAUUAGGAUUUAUUCCCGUCUCAUUGCUCCUUGCAAUGGGAGCUGCUUUCGUCCAUAUUUCUUCCUCUACUGUAUUGAAACUUGCAGUUUCCAAAAAAACCUCAGCCCAUAACUUACCUACAAUCACUGGUUUCCCACUCAGUAUUCACACCCUUCAAUCAUUCAUAUCAUGCGGUGCAGUUGCUUUUCAUGCUGUGGCUGAAGGACUUGCAUUGGGAGUGGCUGCCCCAAAAGCUUAUGGACUCGGUCGUCAUAUGGUCCUUCCAGUCUCUUUACACGGGCUUCCUCGAGGUGCAGCUGUGGCUAGCUGCAUAUUUGGAGCAACUGAUAGCUGGCAUGGUUCUCUUGCAGCAGCUGCCAUAAUUGGAUUUAUGGGUCCGAUAUCAGCGAUCGGAGCUAUUCUCGGCGGUAUUGAUUAUAGUGGUCUUGAUCACAUAAUGGUUUUUGCCUGUGGUGGAUUAAUUCCUAGCUUUGGCGGUGUAGUUAAGAGAGCGCUUAGUUUGGACAAACGGAAGAGCACUUGUGGUCUUAUCAUAGGUAUUACAUUUGCUACUUUAUGCCUAACAUUCACUAGAUUGGUGUGCUUACAUACACCAUACUGUAAUUCUGCGCCGGAGGCUGUUAGAUAAGAGGAUCAUAUGCUGCAUUUUCUGCUUGCUCUGUGAUUAAUGUUCUUGCAACAUACACUUCUUUAGUUCAAUCUUCCAAGGCAUGGUUGCACAAAUUUGAAGAGAUUCUCAGUGAAGAAAGAAACUAUGAUUUACUGGGUGACCAAGUUUUCAUUCAGAACUUGUCCAUGUGUAAUAUUUUAGUGUUUACUUGUAUAUAAAUUUUACACAUGAUCGGAAAAAAUUUACAGUGUUAAACUAUUGAGAAGCAGAGCAUAUACUUUUCUCUUUUUUUCA